UGAUCUAGAUCAGAUCCUGCUAGGUAGGAGACAAGAAGGACAUAAUAGUUCUUGUAUAAAUGGUCUCAUUCUAGAGAAAAUACUGCCUUAAAAAAACAAUCCAGAUUACUUGUGUAAAGUUGUACAAUUCUGUAAUGAAUGUAUCUGAGGAACUAGAGGACCGUUCUUCCUUUAAAACAGCUCUGUUCUCACAAAAUGAGGAUAAAACUAGAAUAAACAGCCAUGUGGAUUUGGACAGACCAGACUCACCCAUACUGAAACAUGUGUACGUGAGCAGUGACAUGUCCAAGGACCAAGCUAUUGAUUUCAAGGAUGGAGACUCUGGUCAGCAAAGUCAUCUGACUCAAGAAAGUCCAGAUCAACCUGUACCCAGGGGACUGUCCAUGAGCAGUGACAUGUCCAAGGACCAAUCUAUUGAAUUCAAGGAUGGAGACUCUGGUCAGCAAAGUCAUCUGACUCAAGAAAAACCAGAUCAACCUGUACCCAGGGGACUGUCCAUGAGCAGUGACAUGUCCAAGGACCAAGCUAUUGAAUUCAAGGAUGGAGACUCUGGUCAGCAAAGUCAUCUGACUCAAGAAAGUCCAGAUCAACCCGUACCCAGGGGACUGUCCAUGAGCAGUGACAUGUCCAAGGACCAAGCUAUUGAAUUCAAAGAUAAAAACCACUCUGUUCAGCAAAGCCUCUCAAAGCUGAUUUUACCAGAGACCUCUGUGUCCAGCAGCAUGAGGAGUGACCAGUCUAAAGAGGAACCUGUUGAAUCCAAGGCUAAAUGCAGCACUGUUGAACAAAGUUCUGGUGACACCUCCACUCACGGUUACCCAGAGAAAUCAGAACGUCUUAUUAAUAAUUAUCAAACACACAUGGAUUCAGUUUUCUUGGUGCUUGAAAGGGACAUAAUCACAUUUGUGAAGAAUGAACUGAUGAAGUUCAAGAAAGUUGUGUCCCGAAAAUAUCAAAAAGAGUCAGACUGGUUUAAAGAGGAUGAUGAAGAAAUGACUGACGAAGGGGAGCAAAGAAACAAAGAUGCGCUUCUAAAAAUCACAGUAAAUUUCUUGAAGAGAAGGAAAGAAGAGGAGCUGGCUGACUCUCUGGAGAGCAGAACUCUUACUGCAAUUUGCCAGCAUAAUUUGAAGUCAAACCUGAAGAGGAGGUUUCAGAGUUUGUUUGAGGGGGGUUCUGUGAAUCAGGUCUACACAGAUCUCCACAUCAUAGAGUGUGGGGGAAAAGAGCUGAAUGGUCAACAUGAAGUCCGACAGAUAGAAGAAGCAUCCUGGAAACCAACAGGUUCUGAAGUCGCCAUCAGCUGUGUGGAUAUCUUUAAACCUGUACCUGGAAGAGAAGAACCAGUCAAGACCCUGAUGACCAAAGGGGUGGCAGGCAUUGGGAAGACAAUCCUGACUCAGAAGUUCAUUCUGGAUUGGGCUGAAGACAAAAGCAACCACAACAUAGAGUUUGUCUUCCCAUUCACCUUCCGGGAGCUCAAUUUACUGAAUGCUAAAAGCUACAGCCUAGUUGAACUCAUCCAUCACCUGUUCAAUGAAACCAAAGAAGCAAGAAUCAGCAGCUUUGAAAAGUUCCAGGUUGUGUUCAUCUUUGAUGGUCUGGAUGAGUGUCAGCCUCCUCUGGACUUCAACAACACUCAGAUCCUGACAGAUGUUACGGAGUCCAGCUCAGUGCAUGUGCUGCUCAUAAACCUCAUCAAGGGGAACCUGCUUCCUUCCGCUCGCCUCUGGAUAACAGCACGACCUGCAGCAGCCAAUCAGAUCCCUCCUGGUUGUGUCGACAUGGUAACGGAGGUCAGAGGCUUCACUGAUCAACAGAAGGAAGAAUAUUUCAAGAAAACAUUUAGAGAUGAGGAGCAGGCCAGCAGAAUAAUCUCCCACAUUAAGGCAUCAAGAAUCCUCCACAACAUGUGCCACAUCCCGGUCUUCUGCUGGAUCGCUGCUACAGUUCUGGACUACGCACUGAAGAGCAAAGAGAAAGCAGAGCUGCCCAAGACCCUGACUGAGAUGUACAUCUACUUCCUGCUGGUUCAGACUAAGAAGGAUAAUGUGAAGUAUCACAAAAGAGCUGAGACAGAUCCAGUCUGGAGUGCAGAGAGCAAGGAAAUCUUACUUGUUUUGGGAAAGUUGGCUUUCGAGCAGCUGGAAAAAGGAAACCUGAUCUUCUAUGAAGAGGACCUAAAAGAGUAUGGCAUUGACAUACAAGCUGCCUCAGUCUAUGCUGGAGUGUUCACAGAGGUCUCCAAAAAGAAUUUUGCUUUGAAUCAGGAGAGGGCGUUUAGUUUUGUCCAUCUAAGCAUCCAAGAGUUUCUGGCUGCUCUUUAUGUCUCUAUGACGUUCAUGCAAACCGGCGUCAAUCUCCUGGGAAAACAGCGGUUUUCAUUACGGCAGAAAUCUAAACAUAAGCACCUCUACAAGAGUGCAGUUGACACAGCUUUGCAAAGUCCAAAUGGAUGCCUAGACAUGUUUGUCCGCUUCCUCCUGGGUCUUUCGCAGAACACUAAUCAGAUUCUCCUACAAGGCUUGGUGAGGAGGACGAGAGGUAAACCACAGGUCAAAGAUGUGCUAGUGCAGUACAUCACGAAGAAGAUAAAGAGCAGUCCUUCAACAGAGAAAAGCAUCAAUCUGUUUUACUGGCUGAAUGAACUGAACCAUCAUUCUCUAGAGGAGCAGAUUCAACAGUACCUGAAUUCAGGAAACGUCUCUGAAAAGAAGCUCACUGCUUCUCAGUGGUCAGCCCUCGCCUUCAUCUUGCUCUCAUCACAGGAAAAUCUGACUGUGUUUGACCUGAAGAAAUUCUCCACUUCAGAGGAGGCACUUGUGCAGCUGCAGCCAGUGGUCAAAGCAUCCAAGAAAUCUCUGCUCAGCAGCUGUGACCUCUCAUGGAAAGGCUGCCUCUAUCUGCUGCCGGCUUUAAUCUCUGAGAACUCAUCUCUGAGAGAGCUGGACCUGAGCAACAAUGACCUGAAAGAUACAGGAGUUCAGAAACUCUCAGAUGGACUCAAGCAUUCACAUUGUAGGCUGGAGGUUCUCAGCUUGUCUGGCUGCCUGAUCACAGGAGAGGGCUGUGCCUCUCUGGCUGCAGCUCUGAGCUCCAACCCCUCCCAUCUGAGAAAGCUGGACCUGAGCUUCAACCAUCCUGGAGAAUCUGGACUGGAGCUUCUCUCUGCAGGGCUGCAGGAUCCAAAAUGGAGACUGGAAACUCUCAAGACUGAUCACUGCGGAAAGAGUCGACUAAAACCAUCACCCAUCCGGUAUUUCUGUGAGCUUUCACUGGACCCAAAUACAGCAAACAGAAACCUCUGUCUCUCUGAGGACAAAAGGCAGGUGGUGGUGAAUGAGGAGCAGCCAUAUCCUGACCAUCCAGAGAGGUUUGACAGCUGGAAACAGCUGCUGUGCAGUGAUGGGCUGACUGGUCGCUGCUACUGGGAGGUACGAUGGAAAGGAAGGGUCAGAAUAGGAGUGACAUACAGAGGAAUCAGGAGGAAAGGAAAGAGCGAUGACUGCAGCAUUGGAUGGAACAAUCAGUCCUGGAGUCUGUUCUGUUCAACUCAAGGUUUCACAGCCUGGCACAACAACACACCAACAGACAUAGAAACAGUCCUACAGACCAACUCUAACAGAAUAGCGGUGUAUCUGGACUGGUCAGCUGGCAGAGUGUCCUUCUACUAUUACCCUUCAGUGGUUUCCUCAGUAAAAAAGAUCCACCUUUACACCUUUCAGUCCACAUUCACUGAACCACUCUACCCUGCUUUUGGAUUUGGACGGAGCGUUGACUUGACGAUGAACUCCUCAGUUACUCUAACACAGAUUAAAAGAAAAUACUGCCUUAAAAUAACAAUCCAGAUUACAUUUGUAAAGUUGUACAAUUCUGUAAUGAAUGUAUCUGAGAAACUAGAGGACCAUUCUUCCUUUAAAACAGCUCUGUUCUCACAAAAUGAGGAUAAAACUAGAAUAAACAGCCAUGUGGAUUUGGACAGACCAGACUCACCCAUACUGAAACAUGUGUACGUGAGCAGUGACAUGUCCAAGGACCAAGCUAUUGAAUUCAAGGAUGGAGACUCUGGUCAGCAAAGUCAUCUGACUCAAGAAAGUCCAGAUCAACUCGUACCCAGGAGUCUGUCCAUGAGCAGUGACAUGUCCAAGGACCUAGCUAUUGAAUUCAAAGAUGGAGACUCUGGUCAGCAAAGUCAUCUGACUCAAGAAAGUCCAGAUCAACUCGUACCCAGGAGUCUGUCCAUGAGCAGUGACAUGUCCAAGGACCUAGCUAUUGAAUUCAAGGAUGGAGACUCUGGUCAGCAAAGUCAUCUGACUCAAGAAAGUCCAGAUAAACCCGUACCCAGGGGACUGUCCAUGAGCAGUGACAUGUCCAAGGACCUAGCUAUUGAAUUCAAGGAUGAAAAACACUCUGUUCAGCAAACCCUCUCAAAGCUGAUUUUACCAGAGACCUCUGUGUCCAGCAGCAUGAGGAGUGACCAGUCUAAAGAGGAACCUGUUGAAUCCAAGGCUAAAUGCAGCACUGUUGAACAAAGUUCUGGUGACACCUCCACUCAUGGUUACCCAGAGAAAUCAGAACGUCUUAUUAAUAAUUAUCAAACACACGUGGAUUCAGUUUUCUUGGUGCUUGAAAGGGACAUCAUCACAUUUGUGAAGAAUGAACUGAUGAAGUUCAAGAAAGUCGUGUCCCUAAAAUAUCAGAAAGAGUCAGACUGGUUUAAAGAGGAUGAUGAAGAAAUGACUGACGAAGAGGAGCAAAGAAACAAAGAUGCACUUCUAAAAAUCACAGUAAAUUUCUUGAAGAGAAGGAAAGAAGAGGAGCUGGCUGACUCUUUGGAGAGCAGAACUCUUACUGCAAUUUGCCAGCAUAAUUUGAAGUCAAACCUGAAGAGGAGGUUUCAGAGUUUGUUUGAGGGGGGUUCUGUGAAUCAGGUCUACACAGAUCUCCACAUCAUAGAGUGUGGGGGAAAAGAGCUGAAUGGUCAACAUGAAGUCCGACAGAUAGAAGAAGCAUCCUGGAAACCAACAGGUUCUGAAGUCGCCAUCAGCUGUGUGGAUAUCUUUAAACCUGUACCUGGAAGAGAAGAACCAGUCAAGACCCUGAUGACCAAAGGGGUGGCAGGCAUUGGGAAGACAAUCCUGACUCAGAAGUUCAUUCUGGAUUGGGCUGAAGACAAAAGCAACCACAACAUAGAGUUUGUCUUCCCAUUCACCUUCCGGGAGCUCAAUUUACUGAAUGCUAAAAGCUACAGCCUAGUUGAACUCAUCCAUCACCUGUUCAAUGAAACCAAAGAAGCAAGAAUCAGCAGCUUUGAAAAGUUCCAGGUUGUGUUCAUCUUUGAUGGUCUGGAUGAGUGUCAGCCUCCUCUGGACUUCAACAACACUCAGAUCCUGACAGAUGUUACGGAGUCCAGCUCAGUGCAUGUGCUGCUCAUAAACCUCAUCAAGGGGAACCUGCUUCCUUCCGCUCGCCUCUGGAUAACAGCACGACCUGCAGCAGCCAAUCAGAUCCCUCCUGGUUGUGUCGACAUGGUAACGGAGGUCAGAGGCUUCACUGACCAACAGAAGGAAGAAUAUUUCAAGAAAAUAUUUAGAGAUGAGGAGCAGGCCAGCAGAAUAAUCUCCCACAUUAAGGCAUCAAGAAUCCUCCACAACAUGUGCCACAUCCCGGUCUUCUGCUGGAUCGCUGCUACAGUUCUGGACUACGCACUGAAGAGCAAAGAGAAAGCAGAGCUGCCCAAGACCCUGACUGAGAUGUACAUCUACUUCCUGCUGGUUCAGACUAAGAAGGAUAAUGUGAAGUAUCACAAAAGAGCUGAGACAGAUCCAGUCUGGAGUGCAGAGAGCAAGAAAAUCUUACUUGUUUUGGGAAGGUUGGCUUUCGAGCAGCUGGAAAAAGGAAACCUGAUCUUCUAUGAAGAGGACCUAAAAGAGUAUGGCAUUGACAUACAAGCUGCCUCAGUCUAUGCUGGAGUGUUCACAGAGGUCUCCAAAAAGAAUUUUGCUUUGAAUCAGGAGAGGGCGUUUAGUUUUGUCCAUCUAAGCAUCCAAGAGUUUCUGGCUGCUCUUUAUGUCUCUAUGACGUCCAUGAAAACCGGCGUCAAUCUCCUGGGAAAACAGCAGUUUUCAUUACGGCAGAAAUCUAAACAUAAGCACCUCUACAAGAGUGCAGUUGACACAGCUUUGCAAAGUCCAAAUGGACGCCUAGACAUGUUUGUCCUCUUCCUCCUGGGUCUUUCGCAGAAAACUAAUCAGAUUCUCCUACGAGGCUUGGUGAGGAGGACGAGAGGUAAACCACAGGUCAAAGAUGUGCUAGUGCAGUACAUCACGAAGAAGAUAAAGAGCAGUCCUUCAACAGAGAAAAGCAUCAAUCUGUUUUACUGGCUGAAUGAACUGAACCAUCAUUCUCUAGAGAAGCAGAUUCAACAGUACCUGAAUUCAGGAAACGUCUCUGAAAAGAAGCUCACUGCUUCUCAGUGGUCAGCCCUCGCCUUCAUCUUGCUCUCAUCACAGGAAAAUCUGACUGUGUUUGACCUGAAGAAAUUCUCCACUUCAGAGGAGGCACUUGUGCAGCUGCAGCCAGUGGUCAAAGCAUCCAAGAAAUCUCUGCUCAGCAGCUGUGACCUCUCAUGGAAAGGCUGCCUCUAUCUGCUGCCGGCUUUAAUCUCUGAGAACUCAUCUCUGAGAGAGCUGGACCUGAGCAACAAUGACCUGAAAGAUACAGGAGUUCAGAAACUCUCAGAUGGACUCAAGCAUUCACAUUGUAGGCUGGAGGUUCUCAGCUUGUCUGGCUGCCUGAUCACAGGAGAGGGCUGUGCCUCUCUGGCUGCAGCUCUGAGCUCCAACCCCUCCCAUCUGAGAAAGCUGGACCUGAGCUUCAACCAUCCUGGAGAAUCUGGACUGGAGCUUCUCUCUGCAGGGCUGCAGGAUCCAAAAUGGAGACUGGAAACUCUCAAGACUGAUCACUGCGGAAAGAGUCGACUAAAACCAUCACCCAUCAGGUAUUUCUGUGAGCUUUCACUGGACCCAAAUACAGCAAACAGAAACCUCUGUCUCUCUGAGGACAAAAGGCAGGUGGUGGUGAAUGAGGAGCAGCCAUAUCCUGACCAUCCAGAGAGGUUUGACAGCUGGAAACAGCUGCUGUGCAGUGAUGGGCUGACUGGUCGCUGCUACUGGGAGGUACGAUGGAAAGGAAGGGUCAGAAUAGGAGUGACAUACAGAGGAAUCAGGAGGAAAGGAAAGAGCGAUGACUGCAGCAUUGGAUGGAACAAUCAGUCCUGGAGUCUGAUCUGUUCAACUCAAGGUUUCACAGCCUGGCACAACAACACACCAACAGACAUAGAAACAGUCCUACAGACCAACUCUAACAGAAUAGCGGUGUAUCUGGACUGGUCAGCUGGCAGAGUGUCCUUCUACUAUUACCCUUCAGUGGUUUCCUCAGUAAAAAAGAUCCACCUUUACACCUUUCAGUCCACAUUCACUGAACCACUCUACCCUGCUUUUGGAUUUGGACGGAGCGUUGACUUGACGAUGAACUCCUCAGUUACUCUAACACAGAUUAAAAAUUGAAUGAGGCUCAUCUGAAGAGGAACGAAUCCUGAUGCUGGUCCUAAAGGCUGUUUGAAUGUGCUGCGUUAAAACAGGCAAAAAUUUCUUUUAGUAUUAAUAUGAAGCAAUUAUCUUGAAAUGGUUCAGUUAUGGAACGUUUGACACAAUGAAAUAUGGCGACAUCUACUGGCUAACUAUCAACACAACAUCUACAUGGAACAAUAAUGGGCAAUGUGUUAUGAAACAGUAAAGUACGGUGGCCCUGAAGUGUCACAGGAAUACAAAAACCACAACACUUCACAUUUAGCCACAACACUACAAUAUUAUGUGGUAGAAACACUAAUAUGACAUUUUCAAUGUUGUCAAUAGUAAUUCAUUUAUUGUAGAGAAUAUUAAUAAGAGUGAAGCUGUGAUUGUGUCCCCACAAAAGGCUUGAGAACAUGAUGAAGUUGCAUAACAAUAAGACAUGUGGUGCAGACAAGAUAACUACAGAGCACUUAAGAUAUGCAAGCAGGAAAUUAUAUCCCCUGCUUUUUAUUUGCCUUAUGGGAUUUUUAACAUAUGGAGUCUUACCAUUGCUUAGUAUACACCAGCAGAAAAUCUAGGAUAGAUUUAGCUCUUUUAUAAUCAUCAUUCAAAAAGUCAGUAUGUAAAAAGACAUGCAGGCAUCUCACCUAAGCAUGAGGUGGCACAAACAAACAAAAACAAAAAACAUUUUUAUUUAU